AUGAAUUCCCGUUAUUUGAUCUUAAAACUACUCGUUUUGAUCGUAAUAAGAGCAUCUUCAAGCAGGUCGGCCGGAUUCUAUGGCACCUGCAAUGGCUCCUUCAGUUGCGGGAAUCUUUCCGGCUUCCGAUACCCUUUCCGGCGACACCAGGAUCCUGCCUACUGUGGGUACCCUGGUUUUGAGCUCAACUGUGAUGGAAAGAAUCCGCCCACGAUCGAAAUCAUGAAGAUUAUGUACAGGGUUCUGGGUGUCGAUCCAACGGCCCAGAUUCUGACGGUUGUUCGAGAAGACAUGGUGAACUCGAUCUGUCCGCAAGAUCUAGUAAAUACCACUAUCGAUCAUGAGCUUUUCGAUUACACCUCGAGCUAUAUGAACAUCAGUUUUCUUUUUGGAUGUCCGUUUUCUUUUGACCUCGUGGGGUUUGGCUCGAUCUUUUGUAGUGUCGAAGAGGUUAGUCCAGUUUUUCUGAUGCCUGGAAUACAAGCUCCUGGUAUCUGUAAGACUAGUGUUAUCAUCCCGGUUCCGGUUGGGUUUACGAACCCAUCUGGGUUGAGUCAGGUUCUUCAGAAAGGGUUCGAGGUCAGGUGGAAGGUGGGACCCAAGCCCUGCAAUGACUGCACCCAAUCUGGUGGUCAGUGCAUAUACGACAGCGCCACAAGUCUCACCAGCUGUGCCUGCAUUGAAACUCCUAUUUUGGUGGAGAGUUGCUCGACAGUAAACAAGACCGGAGCUGGUUCAUCACCACCAUCAUCGUCGUUGUCAUCAUCGGGUACGCAACUCUAUUCUUGA